UUCUAAAGCCUUCGCUAUAAUAUGAACUGGGUUGAAUUCAUCCACGCCUGGAUGAACGCGAAGCCGACUGCAACCCAGACGUGAACGUUCUAUUCCCCUUCCUCGUGUUUUAUAACCCGCAUUGGACACAGUUAAAUCUUAUCAUAAAACUGAUGUUCAGUUUGUAUAAUAAUUAUACUCAUGGAGGAAAUUCCUCCGUAGUAUACCCACUGGUCACAGCGUCUUGCACAGCACAUCAUCCCAGUUUAGCUCUUACCAGCUGUAAAGGGAUUACUCUAUAUCAAGUAUCCAAGUAUCAAGUAUUGGUCCGGAGAUAUACUUUUUGAUUUCGGUUGGUGGGGUGGAUCGGCACGCCACUGUACUAGUGUGGAAGGGUUCUACAUCAGCUGUUCUCCAUUGAGUGUUGUUAUUCAAAUUCAACCACCUUAAAGCAGCAGUAUGGCGGAAAACGGUGACGUCAAAUCAAACGGUGACGUUAAAGGAAAUGGCUACACUAAAAAGCCAUUUACGAUCAACGGCCACAAGGUAAAGUUUCCCAAGUUACCAAGAGGACUGAUGAAGUCAUCAUCAACUACAAGCUCCAAUCAGGAGUUAGCCGAAGCAGUCUAUGAUGAAGAUGUUGAAGAAGGAGAACCAAGAGGCAACUGGGGUAAUAAGAUGGACUUCAUGUUAUCAUCAAUUGGGUACGCAGUUGGGCUGGGGAACGUGUGGCGUUUCCCUUAUCUCUGCUACAGCAAUGGAGGAGGUGCUUUCCUGAUUCCAUACGUCAUCAUGUUGCUUAUUGCUGGUCUGCCAAUAUUCGUGAUCGAGAUGGGGUUUGGACAGUUUGCUAGUCGAGGCUGCGUUUCUGUCUGGUCCAUGUCGCCACUCUUUAAAGGCUUGGGAUAUGCCAUGUGUAUACUGUCCGGUUUGGUUGCUAUCUACUACAAUGUCGUCAUCACCUACACGGUGUUCUACUUCUUUGCUUCAUUCACGUCCGAGUUGCCGUGGAGUGACUGCAGUCAAGCUUGGAACACUGUAAACUGCGUGGUCAGAAAAGCAAAUGGGACUAACUCGACCUUUUUGACAGAAUAUCUCAACACGUCGACCAGACCGUCACUGGAGUACUGGGAUCGGCAUGUACUUGGUCGAUCGUCUGGUCUGGAAGACUUGGGUCCCAUACGCUGGCAGCUUGCUCUGUGUCUCCUCUUUGCGUGGACUGUUGUCUUCCUUUGCAUCGUGCGUGGUGUCCAGUCUUCUGGAAAGGUGGUAUAUUUCACGGCUACUUUUCCGUAUGUUGUCCUCUUCAUCUUACUUAUACGAGGGGCUACACUUCCAGGAUCAGCACAAGGGGUCCUCUUUUACAUCAGACCCGAGUUCAGCAGACUCCUUGACGCAAAGGUCUGGAAAGAUGCUGCUGUGCAGAUCUUUUACUCUCUCGGUUCAGCUUGGGGUGGUCUUCAUACCCUGGCCAGCUAUAAUAAAUUCAAUAACAACUUCAAAAGGGAUGGUAUGAUCAUUGCAUUCACCAACUGUUGCACCAGUGUGUUUGCCGGAUUCGUCAUCUUCUCUGUUAUUGGUUUCAUGGCUUACGAUUCAGGACUGUCCAUCGAAAGGGUUGCUGAUACAGGUCCAGGGCUUGCUUUCGUUGCUUACCCGGAGGCCUUAGCUCGGAUGCCCGUCGCUCCUUUAUGGUCCAUCUUGUUCUUCUUCAUGCUGUUCACUCUUGGCCUUGACAGUGAGUUCGUCACCAUGGAAACCCUUAUCACGGCACUAAUUGAUGAACUGAGCGACUUCGAGUAUUUUAAGAACAUCCGUAAACGCAAAGCGUUGGUGACUUUCCUCGUGUGUUUCUCGUUCUUUCUUCUGGGUCUACCCAUGACUACAAAUGGUGGUAUCUACAUCUUGACGUUGAUGGAUAAUUACUCUGCGGGGUUCUCCCUUCUACUUGUCGCACUGACAGAGUGCAUAGCAAUCUCCUACGUUUAUGGUAUAAACAGGUUCAUUGAUGACAUGGAAGUGAUGGUCCCGUCUGGAAUGGGGAUCUAUUGGAAGAUUUGUCUUUCCUUCCUCUCUCCUCUUGUACUGCUGUUCAUCUUCAUCUUCUUUUGCAUAACUUACACCAAGCUAGAGUAUAAUGAGUAUACAUACACUGGUUUAGGUGAAGCACUUGGUUGGUUGAUGGUUCUAUUCGCAGUUCUAGCGGUACCAGCCUACGCUGUCUUUUUCGUCAUCACCAAAGCGGAAGGGGAUACUUUAUGGGAGCGUGUGAAGUUUUCAGCUCGACCAAGUCCCGAAUGGGGACCCGCUGCAAAUAGGCAUCGUAAGUUAGCUGGUUACCCACCCCUAGGUGAAAGUAAUCAAUCAGGAGUCGUGCACCAGGUACCAGGUAACUUCUCACCAAGUUCCUUCACACCUCACCAGCCGCCACCGUCCUACGCUUAUACCUUCCCAAAUAUACAAGACGGAUUUGUAUACCACGAAACGUCAAUUUAAAGUGUUUUUUUUUUUUUUAAACAGUACAAAUUUUGAGCUACUAUGGGAAUAAUCAUCUUGGUAAGGGAUACGAAGUGUGACUGUCAAUGGUUUGUUUGCCAAAUAUAGUAUUAUUUUUGGAAACAGUAUGUUUUAGGUUUUGGUUUGUUGGUUGUUUUUCUUUUUUUCUUUGUUAUUCAAAGGUAUACAUUUAGAGUUAAUAUUGGUAUACUAAUCUUGGUAAGGGUUAGGAACUGUGACUGUCAAUGAUUUUGUUUUGCCAAUUAUAUUUAUAUAUUAUAAUGUACCCAGUCAGUUUCCCUUGUGGUUUAUUAUUAUUGUUUUUUUUUUUUGGGGGGGGGGGUAUUCAUCAUUAUAAAUUUGGUAUAAUAUUCUUGGUCAUAGUACCAGGCUACUCUGCUUGUUCACAUCAAACACUCUUGCAUUGCUGAGUUGUAACUCGUAGAACAAGAAGCUAUUCCAACAGUUGUAUUCCAAGUACUGCAUCUCUUUGGAACUCCUUGCCUGGUGCAUGUUUCCUCCAUCCUACAAUCUAGGCUGUUUUAAGAAGGAUAUCAAUUCCUACCUUCAACUCGAGUUAAAAUAGUUCAGGGGAGUUAACUCCCCUGAAUUACUUUUGUCUCAAUUGUUUUCUUACUGUAUCCCUUUCCCUUUAUACAUGUUCAAAGAGCGGUCAUUGAGCCUUGUUUGUGGCAAACUGCAUUAAAACUGCAUGACUGUCAUGUUUGUAAAAUAUCAAACAUUAUGCUGUAUAUCUCGUAGAAAAACGACAAUUUUUUUAUACGCACAUGAUAUCGGUCACCAACGCAAACAACUUUUUUUUUUUUUUUAAGAUUUUAAUAAAUUAUUGCUGCUGAUGUACCUCUAUAGAAACUGCUUACUGGACAAAGUGUAUUCCUCUAAAUAAUGUAUAAACUCAAGACUUUUGUGGACUGUGUUUUUCUAUGUUCUUUUGUAAAGAAUCCUGGCUCAAAACGUAGGCCUAAUGACUAUAUUUAAAACCUAUAACAAUAUAUUUUUGAUACUAUUUUUAAUUGUAUUUUACAUUUAUGAAUGUAAUCUUAUUCAAUUAGAGGUAAUUUCAAGAUCAGUUUGUUUGCUCUAUUAAAUAUUUUACACUUGUAUUAAAUUGCUGUUUUUUAUGAAUGUAAUUAUUAAAUAUGAAAGUAAUUUCAAGUUUAGUUUGUUUUCUUAAUUAAAUAUUUUACUUUUUUUAUAUUUGA